AUGAUUUAUUUGGAUGCUACUUUACUUACUGGUAGAUACAGGGGUACUUUGAUGGCUGCAACAUGCGUCAAUGGAAACAAUGGUUUUUACCCAUUUGCUUUUGAUAUUGUUUCUUAUGAAAACAAAGAUAAUUGGUUUUGGUUUCUGGAGAAUAUUCAACAAGUUGUCGAUGGUCGUCAGAUUGUUUUCCUUAGUGAUUGUCACGAAGGACUUUUGCAGGGCAUUCCAAAAUAUUUUCCUAAUUCAUAUCACAGCUAUUUCUUUUACCACAUCAAGUGCAAUCUCCCCAUCGGAUCAGAUGAUGCGAAUUCGAAGCCCGUUCUUGAUUUGUUUUACAAAGUUGCCUACUCUUACACACCAGCGAACUUUGAAGAAGCUUUGCGGGGCAUGCAUGCAAUUGGAUGUGGACAUGUUGCUAACUGUAUCAGGACUAUUACAAAGGAUAAAUGGGCAAAUGCAUUUUUCCCUAUAUGCAGAUAUCGUGCUCACUCUUCAACUCUUGCCGAGUCCUUCAACAACUGGGUUCUUCCUUUCAAAAAUUUGCCUGCUUUUGCUCUUCUCGAUGCGAUACGUUUGAAGGUUAUGAAUAUUAUGUCCGAGAGAAGGAUAGAAGGUCUUGAAAUUUUCAACACUAGGCUCACUCCUGAAUAUGAGGCUUUACUAAAGAAAAACAUCGACAUUGGUCGUACUUGGAAUGUUGUUCGGUCCAUGGAAAUAUUGUAUGAAGUCAGGUCUCCUCUGACUCAUUCUGUAGAUCUAUUGCAGAAAACUUGUACAUGUCACAGGUGGCGAGUUAAUAGUUUUCCUUGUGCCCAUGCUUGUGCUGCCAUUCAAGCUACGAGAAAAGACAUCUAUUCAUUUGUUGAGCCAUACUUCACCACUGAAUGGUACAACAGGACAUACCAGGAGAUCAUCUUUCCAAUCCCCAAUUAUGACAAGCCGAAGUCUUAUGAUCCCAGUGAUAGGGUUAUUGUUCCUAUUCUUGUUCCUCCUCCUGGUAGACGAAGAACACAUCGUAUGAAGAGUGCUUGGGAGAAUCAAAAGAGGCCUAUGAUUUCUGCAUGA